CCGCGCCGGGCGCUGCCGGCUGAGCCGAAGGGAGGCCCUCCGAGCCCUCCGGAGCCGCCUCUCCCAUGCGCCUGCCGAGCAUGUCCCAGCCCUUCCUGCUGGCGCCCAUCGCCGAGUGCCCCCCGGGGCCGCCCGGCGCCCAAGUCCGGCUGGCCGUGCUGGGCGCCCGCGGUGUCGGCAAGAGCGCCAUGAUCGUGCGGUUCCUGACGAAGCGGUUCAUCGGGGACUACGAGCCCAACACAGGCAACCUCUACUCCCGGCUGGUCCAUCUGGAGGGGGACCACGUUGCCGUACAAAUCCAAGACACGCCGGGGUGCAUCCAGAUGCAGGAGGACUGUGUGCAAGUGCUGGACUCCCUGUCCAGGUGUAUGAAGUGGGCAGAGGGCUUCCUCCUGGUCUACUCCAUCACAGACUACAGCAGCUACCAGUCAGUCCAGCCGCUCUACCAGCAAAUACGCAAGGUCCACCCAGAUGCCAGGACUCCCAUCAUUAUUGUGGGGAACAAAGCAGACCUCCUCCAUGCCAGGCAAGUACAGGCGAAAGAGGGACUACAGCUGGCAAAUGAACUAGGCAGCCUGUUCUUGGAAAUCUCCACGAGUGAUGACUCCCAAGGCGUCUGUGAUGUCUUCCAGUAUCUUUGCAAGGAGGUCAGCAAACUACAGCAUACCAGCAGCAUGGACAGGAGGCGGUCAUCCAUCAUCCCUCGGCCCAAAUCUCCCAACAUGCAAGAUCUAAAGAGACGUUUCAAACAGGCUUUAUCUUCCAAAGUCAAAUAAACCCCUCAGUGAGAUCCUGUGUGACUCAAUAGACUUUAUUUUUGUAAACUAGUUAAUAAAAAUCUUUAUUUUUUUACUAAUGCCAGCAGUAUAGAAGUAAGUAUGUCGAGGCUUGCAAUUUCCUUGCCAUUUUCUCAUUUGACUGGUUGGGUUAAUUUUACCAAAAAAAAAAAAAAAAAGGGCUGCAUAGCAACUAAAUAGAAGUAGUUGGAGAAGGGGAGUUUUUGCCUGGAGGUUUUGAUUCCAUUUCUGUUUUGGGCUGGGAUUUGCUGUAUUAUGCUACUCAAAUGAUUUUUUUUUUGAGGCCUUGGUUUCCUGUUUGUAAAAUGGGAGUGAUAAUGUUGUAAGUCACCUGCCUUUUUAAAGUGCUUGGAAAGCUUUGGUGGAAAACUUUUUAGGAGAAGAAAAAAAAAGCUCUAUUCAACAUGAAGAUAUGAAACUGUCUGUAAGAAUGCUGAUUAUAACAGGACUGAUUUCCUCUCUCAAAACUGCUGUUUUGCUUGCACCUGUAAUAGCCUCAAUGCUGAUAAGCUGUUAGGAGUGAGUUCCAAUUUCUGAUGUGCUUUAGCGAUCCGUUCCACAGAAUUAAUCUUUUAAGCCUGAAGCACUUAACAGGAGAGUUGAGUUUCUCCUACAGAUUACCGUGGAACAAAGUGCUGAGCAAUCUGCAGCAGAGGAGUGUGUGGGAUGACUGUUGCUUUCUCUGGAAAUGUGUGAUAGGAAGGACUGAUGCGUAGGUUCCCUGAACAGAAAAUAGCUACAUUUAAAAGGAAUCACAUCUUUAUCUUCCCCAGGGUAAUUUUGUAGCUAUUGGAAACAGGUCAGACUUUUUACUCUUAUUUCACAUAAGCUGUAAACCAUGCCAGAAUGGGGUUUAUUAACUGUUUGCUGGAUGUCUGAGCAUGGAAUGUGGGUUUUGCUUUUCAAGUAUGCCUUUGAAAUAUCUAUGUAAAAAAUAAAACUGUUCCAUGCUGAGUAGAAA